AUGAGCUUGGAAAAGCCACCAUCAGCUGCUAUGAGCCUGCCCAGCAGCCGUACCAGAAUGGCACAUGUGGGAUUGCGGAAGGAAAAUAAAUGUAUCGAUGUAGAUUGGACAUUGGGAACCAUACUGGCUGUGUUUAGAACUUUAAUCGAUGGAUUGUUUUUGUGGAACAUAUUAAGGGAGCGUAGGGCAGUUCAAGUUGGAGAUUUAAUUGAUCCUCCUAGAAAAAUAUCUCUUAGUUACUUGAAGACUUUAGUGUCCGUAGACUAUUUUGCUGUAUUGCCUCUACCUCAGAUAUUGGUAUGGGCUAUCCUUCCAAGUUACUCAUAUUCAUCUGGAAAAAUCUUUCUUAAGAGUACUCUGCAACAAGCAAUCAAUAUUCAAUUUAUUCUUCGAUUAUUCAGAUUUUUGCAUCUCCUCAAUGGCCAGUCAACAGCUAAAAUAGUAUUCAAAUCUGUAUGGGCAAAUUCAAUUAUUAAUUUACUCUGGUUUGUGAUAUUUGGCCAUGUCGCGGGUUCAAGUUGGUUCUUCUUUGGACUAAAGAGGGUGAAUGGAUGUUUGAUAGAUGCAUGCAAUGAUACCAAUUCACCUAUAUGUGUGAAAUUGCUUGAUUGUAGUUAUGAAAGGAAGAAUGUAUCAUCUGCAUGGAUCAAUGAUAAGAAUGCAAUCGACUGUUUAACGUCAACAUCAUCCUUUUCUUAUGGAAUCUUUGAAAAGGUUCUGCCUCUUUCCAUGGAAACUAAUAUAUUCCACAAGUAUGUGUAUGCGCUAUCUUGGGGAUUUCAGCAAGUGAGUACUCUUGCGGGUAAUCAAACCCCAACUUAUUUGUUAGGGGAAGUCCUUUUUUCAAUGACCAUCAAUGGAGUCGGAAUUUUACUUUUAGCCUAUUUUAUAGGUAACGUACAAGCCUCUUUUCAGGGACUUAGCCGAAGAAAGCUUGAGAUGCAACUUAGGCGCGAUGAGCUUGAGUUUUAUAUGAAGCGUCGUGGCUUGCCAAUAGAUAUAAAAAGGAGAGUAAAAGAAUUCGAAGAAUAUCUCUGGGAAACCACUAGAGGAGUGUAUGAUGAUAUUGUUCUACAGAGUUUGCCCGAUGAUAUUGCGAGGGACAUACGACACCAUCUUUUCAAAUUUAAAGAGGAAGUACCGCCAUUUUCCACAAUAGAUCAGAAUGAUCCUAUCUUAGAUGUCAUUCGAAAGUGGCUAAAACAUAAGAUAUACCUCAAAGGAACUAUAAUUUUGGCCGAGGAAGCUCAAAUAGAGAAAAUGGUGUUUAUUAUGAAUGGAGAAUUGGAGUGCACUAGAACAGAUAAAAUUUUGACUCCAUUAUGCAAAGGAGAUGUGUGUGGGGACGAACUAUUAGGAUGGGUUGGAUUUGGCGAGCUUGACACAGAAACUGGACAACCGAGUUCUGGAAGUGCACGCAUUAGACAUUUUUAUCCCAAUUUUUCAGCAACGCUUGGCGUUGGAGUGAGGUAUGAUAAACAAGACAGUGUGAGAGUGAGGCAUGAUAAACAAGAUAGUGUGAGAGUGAGGUAUGCUAAGAAUGAUAAGUUGCGGUAUACUGUACUUGCUAAGAAGUCGUUUCCGGUGACAAACGAUGGUCUUGUUAAUUUCAAAAUUAAGGGAGGAUGUGAUGUUGACCAAGAUUUUAAAGAGUGGAAAUCUAGAGGAGGGGCUGAGUUUUCGUGGAAUGUAUUCAAUUUUCAGAAGGAUCAAGAUGUGAGAGUCAGAAUUGGUUAUGAAGCUUUUGAACAGGUUCCUUAUGUGCAGAUUAGGGAGAAUAAUUGGACAUUUAAUGCAGAUUACAAAGGUAGAUGGAAUGUGAGAUAUGACUUAUGAGAAUAGAAAAACACUUAUUGGAGGGACCAUGCAUACAAUUUAAAUUUUGUUCAUUAAAGUGAAGUACAGUACUGUUUAAAAUAAGUUUCAUGAUUUAAUAUU